AUGGAAAGAAGAGCCCAUCCGUCGCAAAAUCAGUUGGAAAUUUUAUUGAAAUUUUUAGAAGAUCAGCAUAGUUUAGCAAAAGGAUUUUCAAAAAUAGCCUCAGCUCGACAGCAUGCUCACGCCGAGUGGUCCAAGUUAGCUUUGAAACUAAAUAGUGAAGGAAGUGGCAGUGUUAAAUCUCCGAAAAGAUGGAUGAAGUAUGGGAGUGAUAAAAAGAGUGCAGUUAAAAAAAAAGCAGCCAUAAGGACUGGUCAAAGACGUCAAACUGGUUGUGUUAUAGCAGAGAUAGUGCACUUAACUGAAUGGGAAGAGCGCAUUAUUUCUUUAAUGGGGAGUGACAGAUUUUAUGAUGGAGAUCCUUCACUUCGAGUUCAUCCAUUUUCAGGCCCAACCAGUAGUUCCUCAGGCAGUAUUAGAAUUUUUACACCACCGCAUAGUAUUGCACCAGUAACUUUAAUUGAACCAAGUACAAUAUCUAACAUUAACCUAGAUAUUCAAGAAAACCCAACAAUUGCUGAAAAUAUUAAUGAUAACACAGUACAUUCAUUGGUCAAUUCAGUUGUUGAAACUUCUAACUUUGCAGAACAACCCCAGCUAGGUUCCCAGGGCUUAACCCCUAGUCGGCCUCGUUGCCGCGGCAGCGAAUAUGGCGAGUCUCAAGUGAGAAGGCGUUUACGGUUACAACCAUCACAGCCAAGUCAACGUCGUAACUAUCUUAAUAGCACAACUGAACAAUUUUUAAGAAUAGAAGAACAGCGGUUGGACCUUGACACAAAAAUUCUAGAUCUACUCAAUAAACAAUCAAUAAGGGACCACCUAUUAAUACAAACUGUCAAUAACGGCCAGUAG